CGCAGUUGCAGAGGCCGGAAGCGGAAGGCUGGGGCAGCCAAGCCGCUGCCCGGGCAGGAUCCCUGAUGUCGCCACCCCCAGCCCCACUGGUGGUUCCGAUGCCUGGGGAGAUCUGGCCUGGUUUCAGGAAGCCUGAGCUUGUGAGCUUCGCGGACGUAGCCGUGUAUUUCUCCCCGCAGGAGUGGGGGUGUCUGCGGCCCGCGCAGAGAGCCCUGUACCGGGAGGUGAUGCUCGAGACCUACGGCCUCCUGGGCGCGCUCGGGUUCCCGGGCCCCAAACCAGCCCUCAUCUCUUGGAUGGAACAGGAGAGUGAGGCUUGGAGCCCCGCCGCCCAGGAUCCUGAGGAGGGGGAAAGCCUGGGAGGAGCUCCGAGAGGAGACACUCCAAAUGAGGGAGCGUGGGGCUGCAAGGAAGGAGGUGAGAGGCCGGCAGACAUUUCUGCUCAGCUGCAACCUAAAGAGGUGGAUAAACACAAGACUCAUCCCAUGGCUACCAAGGCCUCUGCAGGGGCACAGCCACCUACCAAAGCUGCCCCAGACCAGAUAGCAGGCGUGCAGCUUCCUGCUCAGGUACCCAACACAGAUAUACAGGCCAGCCAGCGACGCCAUGUGUGUGUGGACUGUGGACGCCGGUUUACCUACCCGUCUUUACUGGUCAGCCACCGGCGCAUGCACUCUGGUGAGCGACCCUUCCCCUGUCCAGAAUGUGGUGUUCGCUUCAAGAGGAAGUUCGCAGUGAAAGCACAUCAAUGGAUCCACCGUUCCUGCUCAGGGGGUCGCCGAGGCCGAAGGCCUGGGAUCCGGGCUGUGCCUGGAGCCCCAGUCCGAGGAGACCGGGAUCCACCAGUGCUCUUUCGGCAUUAUCCAGACAUCUUUGAGGAGUGUGGGUGAGUUCAACAGCUGCCUUCGUCUGGAGGUCUGGAGCGGAGCGUGAACUUGGCACUGAGAGUCAACUGAGUCAAGACUUGGGAAUUGAAAUACACCUGUUUGACUUCUCAAGGAUCGCUUGUAAAAUUGUGAAAAGAAAAUUUCCUGUAAAAAUCCAUACAGAUUAAACCUGACAACUGCCCAACCCCCA